AUGGCCCUCGGCAAUGCUGACAUACAAAAGCAGAUUAAGCACAUAAUGGCUUUUGUUGAACAAGAAGCCAAUGAGAAAGCAGAAGAAAUAGAUGCAAUGGCAGAAGAAGAGUUCAACAGUGAGAAAUGUCUUCAUGUGAAGACCCAAAGACUGAAGAUUAUGGAGUCCUACGAGAAGAAGGAAAAGCAGAUUGAGCAGCAGGAGAAAAUUCAGAUGUCCAACUUGAAGAAUCAAGUGAGGCUGAAAGUCCUUAGAGCAAGAGAUGACCUUAUCACGGGUUUGUACCAGCUGGUGGAUCCCCAAAUGAUUGUGCAUUGGAGGAAACUAAAUUUCUCUUUGGUAAAAGCUGUGGUGGGAAAAGCGAUCCUUAUGUACAAAAUCACCACCAACAAAGAUGCUGAUGUUCAAAUUGAUCAGGAGGCCUACCUGCCUGAGGACAUAGCUGGUGGAGUUGAGAUCUAUAAUGGGAAUUGUAAAAUAAAAGUUUCCAACACCCUGGAAAGGUGGCUGGAUCUCAUAGCCCAGCAGAUGAUGUCAGAGGUUCAGGAUCCUUGUUCAGUGCAAAUGUGA